AUGGCUGAUAGACCUAGCGUGCAAAUCCAGGAAGAAUGCAUCAAUGCAGUUCGUGAACUGCGGUCUCGACGAGAUGCAAACAAACCCUGCUACAUCAUCUACAAGAUCUCCGAUGACGGCCAAAAUGUCGUCGUAGACGAAACCUCAACAACAGACAAAGACUACGAAGUGUUCCUCAACAAGCUAGCAUCUGCCACAGACGACAAGGGUAAACCUGCCCCUCGGUAUGCUGCCUCUGAUGUCGAAUAUGACCUUGGCGAAGAGGGAAAGAGGGUUCCUGAUGGUACAUCCAUUAAGUCCCGCAUGCUGUACGCAAGUACUAGGGAGCAGCUGAACAAAGCACUCAACCUUCCCGUAUCAAUACACGCCGACGGCCUUGAUGAUAUUGAGCGGGACAGUGUUGUCCGGCGUGUGAGUAGAGGAAUGAUUUAG